AUGAGACAGAGGAAGGUGUGUGAUGUGAAGCUGUGCUGGGCGGUCCGCUCUCUGAAGGAGACGAUGGAGGACUGUUGGGACCAGGACGCAGAGGCCCGCCUCACAGCACAGUGUGCAGAGGAGCGACUGGCAGAGCUGCUCAUCAUAUGGGACCGCUCCAAGUCUGUCAGCCCUACACUGAACCCCAUGUCCACAACCCUGCACAAUGAGAGAAAUCGCAUGACGCCAAAAUCCGGCCCAUACACAGACCACCCCUCUACUUACAUUGAGGAGCAUGAGGGCGUUGCCAAGAACACGCAGGGGGACACCACUGGCUCUGUGAGCGGUCGGGCUGGGGCCGGUACUGGGACCGGAGAAAGAAACAGGAACUCCAUCAACCAGGAGCGCCAGCAGCAAGCCAACGCCCGCCUGCCCAGCCCAGAGGGCAGCAGCACCAGCAUGGGGCUGAGAGGCAGCCCAUCAGCCUCCACCACCACCACCACUAUCAUCUCUGACUCUGAGGGACCUGCAGGGACCUCAGUCCCCGUCUGCCUCCACCUUACCCAGGAGGACCUGGAAACCACCAAGCUAGACCCGAAAGAAGUAGACAAGAAUCUGAAGGAGAGUUCGGAUGAGAACCUGAUGGAACACUCACAGAAACAGUUCUGCUCUCCAGAUCCGCUGAGUCCCGGCAGCUCCAGUCUCCUCUACCCACUAAUCAAGAUGGCAAGUGAGGCAGCAGGCACAUCAGACCCCGCCGCUCCCAUGCCCUCCACCAUCUUCCCCCUGCCCAAGCAGCAGAACUUGCCAAAAAGGCCGUCCAGUCUGCCCCUGCGCAACAAGCCCCCCAAGAAGGAGUCAUCCUCGUCCUCACUCAGAUUCAAGUUUGGCCGCUCUGGGAAGUCCAACCUGCGGCAGGUGGAGGGAACAAAGAUGAACAUUGGUGCAGUAACAGGCACAAACACAGCUGCAGAAGUUAACCGGGUCCCAGGCACAAACAACACACCCGCUCUACGAGACACGCACCUCAACGGGAGCGCGAAUGGCGCUGCUAACGGUCAUGCCGGUGUAGGGAUCUCCUCCAUGGCUACAGGUGGAGCGACAGGUUUUGGAGGAUCUGGCAUCACUCAAAACGGCUCCGGAGCCCUGAGGUCCGACGACAGCCGCCUCAGCCUUGGUGUCAUCACGGCCAGCCCCGACGAGAACGAGCCGCUCCUGAGCCGCGAGCGAGAGCAGCCCGACCCGAGAGCGAUGUCGUCGAGCGUAGCGGCUCUCCGCUCAGCACGACCCAACACAAACAACAACAACAGCAACACUGGCCUGGGAAAGGGAAAUGAGAGCGGAGGGGAGAGUGAUGGAGGAGAAGAGGAGGGAAGUGGGGAGGGAGGAAGCAGGGAAACCACAGGGCCCUCAGGAGAGAACUCGGGGUCGGGAUCCAGCGUCGCUGUCCCCCAGGGGGAGCCUUCGGUCAUCAUGAGGGGGGAGGCCCUGCUCAGGCAGCCCAGAGCCCGCAGGCCUGAGAGACCCAACUCCCUGGACCUGUCCUUCACCACACAGGACCUGGCCUCACUAGGGGACGGCCUGCAGCUAGAUGGAGCCUUUGAGACAGGAGAAAAGAUCAAGAAGCGCGUAAAAACACCUUACUCCCUGAAGAAGUGGCGCCCCACCACAUGGGUCAUCUCCACAGACACCAGGGGGCCGGAGGUCAACAACAACGGGUCCUCCCGUGGUCAAGGUCACAGUCAGAACCGGCCCAAGUCCAGUUCGGCCAUCUACCUGCGCGGAGGGAGCUUGGCCAGCGAGCCAAGUAACACCCACGUGUGAACACAGGCUCUGUGACAAGACUGAAAAAAACAACCCAGAAAGCGUUUGGUUUCUGUCUGUUGAGCUCUCAAUCAGCAAGAGGAAGCUAUGGAGUGUCUUGUGAACAAACAUUCGAGUCUGAUGGUGUACAGUAAUUAGGUCUGUCUCACUCCUGUGUGUCUUUCUGAUGAUGGCAUUGCUUUAAAUGGAAUCCAGCUAUGCAGCAUUCUCAUCUGCUUCUGUUUCCGCGUUUUUAAUAAUCUCCCUUCUUCGAUUUUGUUUCAUGUUUCAAAUGGAUAUCUUUCUUUCUAUGUGCACUUUGAACCAACUAAAAUCAGUGUUUAGAAGUCCUGUCCUGUUGCGACCACCACAAGAAGUGGUCUCUAAGCUUAAAAAGGCGAUGAAAAACAAUCAACGCUUUGAGCGUUCUUUCUCAACCUAGCUGUAUCAAGCUAGGUUUGAGAGCAGGCUCUGUAAAAUAAUUGACGGUCUUAAAA